UACUGAAGUCUCUACGGUUGAAACUCCUGCUAUUGAUAGUAAUUCUGAUUUUGUACUAUCAGAAGAAUGCCAAAAACAACUCAACCAUAAAUACCAAAAACAUUUUAGAGAUAAUAAUAAAGAAACUAACUCACAUCUAUUUAUUGAUGUUUCUAAAGAACUUCAAUACUUACUUAAUACCGAAGUCUCUAUAGUUGUAGUUGAAACUCCUGCUAUAGAUAUUGAAUCUGAUUCUGAUAACCUUUUACCUUUACUUACCACUGAAGUUCCUAUGAUUACUGAUCUUAAAUUAUCUAAUACUCUGAAUUCUUGCUGUGAUAAAACUAAACGUUAUGAUAUAGCUUCUGAUAUAGCUGCAAUAAUGGUAGGUAAUGGUCAUAAG